AUUAGGUAUCAAAUCAAUGUCCUAUAAAAUUUUAGUGUCAAAGUGAUAUUUUCUUGGGCUUUCAUGAAUCUCAUUCAUUUUGCUAUUAAAUAACAAAGCUCAAUUAGGAUUAAAAGUUUACACCAAGAUUUUGUUUGACAAGGAAAAGAACAAAGGAGAAAGAAAUAGAAAAGAUAACUCUUUGUGCAGUGUGGGAUUUGCUUAUGAGAAUCGGAGCUCCGAAGUGUGAGCAAAGCCGUUGAAUGACAACCGUUCCAAUUCCGACGCGCCAAAUUUUCUAAUCUUGCAGCUUCUCCCUUACGCGCCUUACUUUCCAAAUCUGUAAUCUCUAAUCAAGAAUAUCACCUUUUUCUCUAAACAAAUUUCCAAUUUUGUGUAUUCAAUAGAUUUACAUAUCCACGAGUACCAAGAAUUACUAAAGCACUGUAAAUAACGGAUCUUGAUUCGGGUUUCAACGUUGUUCACUACUGAUUCAGAAAAAGUUAGUCUUUUGGUUGCAAGGAACCUAUGAUGAUGUCAAGGAGGCCUAUCAACCCAUCUCGACGUGUAGCGGAUGGCAGAGCAGCUUCAUUAGAUGCCUCAAUUCGCUCAAAGACACGGUCUUCCCCAUAUUUAACGAUUGGACUUGUUAUUGUGGGAGCAUUUCUUCUCAUAGGGUACUUUUACCGUGACACAGGUUUGUACCCUGAACCUUGGCGUUUCAUGAAUUAUAUCUAUACUUGAGUUUAUUGUAAAAGGCCAAAAAGAAAGAAAGAAGAAAAGAUAUUUCAGCUGAUUGCUCAAUACUGGAGGUCUGUGACGAAACUACUGCGAGAUUGUUUAUGAACGCUGUACUUGUUUCAUCAAAAGGUACUUUUGGCAGUAUUAAAGGCAUCAGUAGAGUGGAAGGGGACUUUUCAUGUGCUGUAGAGGUUCAAAAGACGAUUCCUUUUCUGAAGAAAGCAUAUGGAGAUAGCAUGCAUAAGGUGCUGCAUGUUGGCCCUGAUACUUGCUCGGUAGUUGCUAGAUUGUUAGAAGAGGAGGAUACUCAAGCUUGGGGUAUAGAACCAUAUGAUAUAGAGGAUGCAGGUCAUUUCUGCAAAAAACUCGUGCAUAAGGGCAUCGUCCGCGUGGCUGAUAUAAAGUUUCCUCUUCCAUAUCGUGCAAAAUCAUUUUCACUUGUGAUUGUCUCAGAUGCAUUGGAUUACUUGUCUCCAAGGUAUCUCAAUAGGACCCUUCCUGAAUUGGCCAGGGUAUCGUCUGAUGGACUUGUUGUUUUCACGGGUUAUCCACGUCAUCAUAAAGCUAAGGUUGCAGAUAAGUCCAGAUUCGGGGGGCUGGCCAAAUUGAGGAGCUCAACGUGGUGGGUCCGGUUUUUUGUUCAAACAAGUUUAGAGGAAAAUGAAGUCGCCAUUAAGAAGUUUGAGCUAGCUGCUUUGAAGAAAUCAUACGUCCCUAGCUGCCAAAUCUUUCACCUGAGAUCUUACCAUUGAUUUGCAUUAUACACAGUUAUACACAAAAACUAAGAAUCGCGCAGCUUGUGAAUGCCGUGAAGACAUGUUAUAACAACUUCAGCUCUGUGUUGAUAAGUUGUUGCGGAGAAGCAGGGGUCCCCUAGAAAAUGCUGAGUAUGCCAUCUUAGUGUAUUCUCAUAAAAUGUAUAUGGGGUUUCAGCAGCAGCUUGUUACAGAUUAAUUGCAAAUGGGAGAUUGCUGUUUCAGGGGAGACUAUUGUCAAGUAAUGAUAUAUACAUCAUCUAUAUUCCUCUCUC